AGAAGGAGGGGACGGAUUAGCGGGACGGACGACGGGAGGAGAGAGAGAGGACCGUGCGGGAGAACAGAGUUCACAGAUAAAAGAAACACUCGUGUUUGGAGGAGAUGGACCGGGAUCAGAACCAGGACCGGGACCAGAUCCAGGACCAGGACCAGGACCAGGACCAGAACCAGAACCAGGACCAGGUCCAGGAGUCCAGCAGCAGGACCAAAGCGGACUCUUCCUCCGCUGGUCUGCAGAAACAUAAAGCCAAAGAGAGAAAAAAUAGGAGGGAUAAAGUCCUCACCACUUCACCAGGCCUGAAGGUCCGAAAGAGGAUUCAAACUGAAGAGAAGCUGUACAGCUGUGAACAGUGUGGGCAAGCUUUUACCACGUCAAGUGUUUUAAGGCGUCAUCAGCGUAUUCACACUGGAGAGAAGCCUUACAAAUGUGAUCAGUGUGGGUCAGCUUUUACCCAACAAAGUAGUCUAAGGAGUCAUCAGCGUAUUCACACUGGGGAUAAGCCGUACAAAUGUGAUCAGUGUGGGGCAGCUUUUACCCAACAAGGUAAUCUAAGGAGUCAUCAGCGUAUCCACACUGGAGAAAAGCCGUACAAAUGUGAUCAGUGUGGGGCAGCUUUUACCCAACAAGGUAGUCUAAGGAGUCAUCAGCGUAUUCACACUGGGGAUAAGCCUUACAGAUGUGAUCAGUGUGGGGCAGCUUUUACCAUGUCAGGUGAUCUAAGGAGUCAUCAGCGUAUUCACACGGGAGAGAAGCCUUACAGAUGUGAUCAGUGUGGGGCAGCUUUUACCAUGUCAGGUCAUCUAAGGAGUCAUCAGCGUAUUCACACGGGAGAGAAGCCUUACAGAUGUGAUCAGUGUGGGGCAGCUUUUACCAUGUCAGAUCAUCUAAGGAGUCAUCAGCGUAUUCACACUGGAGAAAAGCCUUACAGAUGUGAUCAAUGUGGGGCAGCUUUUACCCAACAAGGUAGUCUAAGGAGUCAUCAGCGUAUUCACACUGGAUAAAAAAUUGUCUGCAAAGAGAGGCCCACAGGUUACCCCUGUGAUCAGUGUGAGAAAGUCCUCGCCACUUCAUCAUCCUUGAAGGGACAUAAGAAGAUUCACACUGGAGAGAAGCCGUACCGAUGUGAUCAGUGUGGGUCAACUUUUGCCAGAUCAGCUUAUUUAAGAAUUCACCAACGUAUUCACAAUGGAGAGAAGCCGUACAGAUGUGAUCAGUGUGGGGCAGCUUUUACUGAAUCAGGUGCUUUAACGAAGCACCGACGCAUUCACACUGGAGAGAAGCCGUACAGAUGUGAGCAGUGUGGGGCAGCUUUUACUGAAUCAGGUGCUUUAACCAAGCACCAGCGCAUUCACACUAGAGAGAAGCCGUACAGAUGUGAGCAGUGUGGGGCAGCUUUUACCACAUCAAGUUAUUUAACUACGCACCAGCGCAUUCACACUGGAGAGAAGCCGUACAGAUGUGAGCAGUGUGGGGCAGCUUUUACCACAUCAAGUGCUUUAACUACGCACCAACGCAUUCACACUGGAGAGAAGCCGUACAGAUGUGAGCUGUGUGGGGCAGCUUUUACCACAUCAUGUGCUUUAACUACGCACCAACGCAUUCACACUGGAAAGAAGCCAUACAGAUGUGAGCAGUGUGGGGCAGCUUUUACUCAAUCGGGUCAUUUAAAAAAACACCAACGUGUUCACACUGAAUAAAAUGUGUGCAAAGAGAGGCCCACAGGUUACCCCUGUGAUCAGUGUGAGAAAGUCCUCGCCACUUCAUCAUCCUUGAAGAGACAUAAGAAGAUUCACACUGGAGAGAAGCCGUACCGAUGUGAUCAGUGUGGGUCAACUUUUACUGAAUCAGGUGCUUUAACGAAGCACCGACGCAUUCACACUGGAGAGAAGCCGUACAGAUGUGAGCAGUGUGGGGCAGCUUUUACUGAAUCAGGUGCUUUAACCAAGCACCAGCGCAUUCACACUAGAGAGAAGCCGUACAGAUGUGAGCAGUGUGGGGCAGCUUUUACCACAUCAAGUUAUUUAACUACGCACCAGCGCAUUCACACUGGAGAGAAGCCGUACAGAUGUGAGCAGUGUGGGGCAGCUUUUACCACAUCAAGUGCUUUAACUACGCACCAACGCAUUCACACUGGAGAGAAGCCGUACAGAUGUGAGCUGUGUGGGGCAGCUUUUACCACAUCAUGUGCUUUAACUACGCACCAACUCAUUCACACUGGAAAGAAGCCAUACAGAUGUGAGCAGUGUGGGGCAGCUUUUACUCAAUCAGGUGCCUUAACGGGGCACCGACGCAUUCACACUGGAGAGAAGCCAUACAGAUGUGGGCAGUGUGGGGCAGCUUUUACUCAAUCAGGUGCUUUAACGAAGCACCGACGCAUUCACACUGGAGAGAAGCCGUACAGAUGUGAGCAGUGUGGGGCAGCUUUUACUGAAUCAGGUGCUUUAACGAGGCACCAACGCAUUCACACUGGAGAGAAGCCAUACAGAUGUGAGCAGUGUGGGGCAGCUUUUACUCAAUCGGGUCAUUUAAAAAAACACCAACGUAUUCACACUGGAGAGAAGCCGUACCGAUGUGAUCAGUGUGGGUCAACUUUUGCCAGAUCAGCUUAUUUAAGAAUUCACCAACGUAUUCACAAUGGAGAGAAGCCGUACAGAUGUGAUCAGUGUGGGGCAGCUUUUACUGAAUCAGGUGCUUUAACGAAGCACCGACGCAUUCACACUGGAGAGAAGCCGUACAGAUGUGAGCAGUGUGGGGCAGCUUUUACUGAAUCAGGUGCUUUAACCAAGCACCAGCGCAUUCACACUAGAGAGAAGCCGUACAGAUGUGAGCAGUGUGGGGCAGCUUUUACCACAUCAAGUUAUUUAACUACGCACCAGCGCAUUCACACUGGAGAGAAGCCGUACAGAUGUGAGCAGUGUGGGGCAGCUUUUACCACAUCAAGUGCUUUAACUACGCACCAACGCAUUCACACUGGAGAGAAGCCGUACAGAUGUGAUCAGUGUGGGGCAGCUUUUACUGAAUCAGGUGCUUUAACGAAGCACCGACGCAUUCACACUGGAGAGAAGCCGUACAGAUGUGAGCAGUGUGGGGCAGCUUUUACCACAUCAGGUGCUUUAACUACGCACCAACGCAUUCACACUGGAGAGAAGCCGUACAGAUGUGAGCAGUGUGGGGCAGCUUUUACUCAAUUGGGUAAUUUAAGACGUCACCAACCUAUUCACACCGGAGAGAAGCCGUACAGAUGUGAUCAGUGUGGGUCAACUUUUGCCAGAUCAGCUUAUUUAAGAAUUCACCAACGUAUUCACAAUGGAGAGAAGCCGUACAGAUGUCAUCAGUGUGGGGCAGCUUUUACUCAAUCAGGUGCUUUAACUACGCACCUACGCAUUCACACUGGAGAGAAGCCGUACAGAUGUGAGCAGUGUGGGGCAGCUUUUACCACAUCAGGUGCUUUAACUACGCACCAACGCAUUCACACUGGGGAGAAGCCGUACAGAUGUGAGCAGUGUGGGGCAGCUUUUACUAAAUCGGGUGCUUUAACUACGCACCAACGCAUUCACACUGGAGAGAAGCCGUACAGAUGUGAGCAGUGUGGAUCAGCUUUUACCAUAUCAGGUGCUUUAACUACGCACCAACGCAUUCACACUGGAGAGAAGCCAUACAGAUGUGAGCAGUGUGGGGCAGCUUUUACCACAUCAGGUGCUUUAACUACGCACCAACGCAUUCACAGUGGAGAGAAGCCGUACAGAUGUGAGCAGUGUGGGGCAGCUUUUACCACAUCAGGUGCUUUAACCAAGCACCAGCGCAUUCACACUAGAGAGAAGCCGUACAGAUGUGAGCAGUGUGGGGCAGCUUUUACCACAUCAAGUGCUUUAACUACGCACCAACGCAUUCACACUGGAGAGAAACCAUACAGAUGUGCGCAGUGUGGGGCAGCUUUUACCACAUCAGGUAAUUUAACUACGCACCAACGCAUUCACACUGGGGAGAAGCCGUACAGAUGUGAGCAGUGUGGGGCAGCUUUUACUAAAUCGGGUGCUUUAACUACGCACCAGCGCAUUCACACUGGAGAGAAGCCGUACAGAUGUGAGCACUGUGAACAGUGUGGGCGAGCUUUUACCACGUCAAGUGUUUUAAGGCGUCAUCAGCGUAUCCACACUGGAGAGAAGCCGUACAAAUGUGAUCAGUGUGGGGCAGCUUUUACCGAACAAGGUCAUCUAAGGAACCAUCAGCGUAUUCACACUGGAGAAAAGCCAUACAAAUGUGAUCAGUGUGGGGCAGCUUUUACCGAACAAAGUAGUCUAAGGAACCAUCAGCGUAUUCACACUGGAGAAAAGCCGUACAAAUGUGAUCAGUGUGGGGCAGCUUUUACCCGACAAGGUAGUCUAAGGAGUCAUCAGCGUAUUCACACUGGAUUUAAGCCUUACAGAUGUGAUCAAUGUGGGGCAGCUUUUACCCGACAAGGUGAUCUAAGGAUUCAUCAGCGUAUUCACACUGGAUUUAAGCCUUACAGAUGUGAUCAGUGUGGGGCAGCUUUUACCCAACAAGGUAGUCUAAGGAGUCAUCAGCGUAUUCACACUGGGGAUAAGCCUUACAGAUGUGAUCAGUGUGGGGCAGCUUUUACCCAACAAGGUCAUCUAAGGAGUCAUCAGCGUAUUCACACUGGGGAUAAGCCUUACAGAUGUGAGCAGUGUGGGGCAGCUUUUACCAUGUCAGAUCAUCUAAGGAGUCAUCAGCGUAUUCACACUGGAUAAAAAAUUAGGAUUCAAACUGAAGAGAAGCUGUACAGCUGUGAACAGUGUGGGCGAGCUUUUACCACGUCAAGUGUUUUAAGGCGUCAUCAGCGUAUCCACACUGGAGAAAAGCUGUACAAAUGUGAUCAGUGUGGGGCAGCUUUUACCGAACAAGGUCAUCUAAGGAGUCAUCAGCGUAUUCACACUGGAGAGAAGCCUUACAGGUGUGAUCAGUGUGGGGCAGCUUUUACCCAACAAGGUAGUCUAAGGAGUCAUCAGCGUAUUCACACUGGAGAAAAGCCGUACAAAUGUGAUCAGUGUGGGGCAGCUUUUACCCGCCAAGGUAGUCUAAGGAACCAUCAGCGUAUUCACACUGGAGAAAAGCCGUACAAAUGUGAUCAGUGUGGGGCAGCUUUUACCCGCCAAGGUAGUCUAUGGAGUCAUCAGCGUAUUCACACUGGAUCUAAGCCUUACAGAUGUGAUCAAUGUGGGGCUGCUUUUACCCGACAAGGUCACCUAAGGAGUCAUCAGCGUAUUCACACUGGAUUUAAGCCUUACAGAUGUGAUCAGUGUGGGGCAGCUUUUACCCAACAAGGUAGUCUAAGGAGUCAUCAGCGUAUUCACACUGGGGAUAAGCCUUACAGAUGUGAUCAGUGUGGGGCAGCUUUUACCAUGUCAGGUCAUCUAAGGAGUCAUCAGCGUAUUCACACUGGAGAAAAGCCGUACAAAUGUGAUCAGUGUGGGGCAGCUUUUACCCAACAAGAUAGUCUGAGGAGUCAUCAGCGUAUUCACACUGGAUUUAAGCCUUACAGAUGUGAUCAGUGUGGGGCAGCUUUUACCCAACAAGGUAGUCUAAGGAGUCAUCAGCGUAUUCACACUGGGGAUAAGCCUUACAGAUGUGAUCAGUGUGGGGCAGCUUUUACCGAACAAGGUAAUCUAAGGCGUCAUCAGCGUAUUCACACUGGAUAAAAAAUUGUCUGUGAUCAGUGUGGGGAAGGUUUUACUCGAGAGCUCAGUUUUGUUUUCAGUUUCAACUGAAAAAUGUGUUUAAAUUUGAUUUUUCACCCGUUUGUGUUCCAUUGUUCCAUCAUUUAAAUA